GACACCAGGGUUCCGUACCAUUUUAAAACGUACAUACACACAUAAAGGGUGGUCAGAGGUACAACCAUCGCAAGAUGAACUAAGUACCCGAUAGGUAGUGAGCCGUGUCGCCGUCUAUAAUGGUCGAGCGAACUGUUUUUUUUUUUUAAUUUAAAGAUGGCGCUUGUCUAUGACAUGGGGCUUUUUGGCGGGAAACGGGAACGGGACAGUUGCUUUCUUCAUUGAAUAAUCUAAAUAAUUAAUACGAAGUGGUGUUUUGUGGUUAAUGAUCGCAUUAAGUUAGUCGGAAGACAUUCGCGAGUGUUAUUAUAUUGGAGUAUUCAAUAAACAAAGUGUAUCUGCCUAUUUUCGUUUCGUGUCAGGAAGCCGCUUCAUAACUCAAAAGUUUAUGCGGACUUUUGAGUUAAUUCGUUUGGGGUUCGGAGUAGGAGUCUACUCCGAGGGUGGGGGCUUAGGUUUCAUCAUCAUCACCUUUCAUCAUUUCAUUAAUCAUCAAGAAAAAAAAAUACGUCAGACAUGGCUGUAUGGGCAUAGUUCCCUUUGCCUUACCCUUCGGGGAAAACAAAAACAAAAAAAAAAUGUCUAUGACAUGCUGCCACCACCUAGCUGUCCUACAGCAAGAAUCAGGGUCUGAAUUCCAUACCUGGAAUUGUUAUAAAUUAGUUACAAUCAUUUUUAAAUUUAUUUCUGUAUAAAUACUUUAAAUUAGUAUUGAUUGUCAGGCUGUGUUUCCAUAGACGCGGAGCUGUGCGGAGAUAAGCGGAGAGGUGCAGGAAUCGACCAAUCACCGCGAGGGAGAGAGUGACAGAGCGUCUUCGUUUUUCACUCUCUCGAACGCUGUGAUUGGUCAAAUCCGCACAUCUUCGCUCUUCUCCGCCCAUCUCCGCGUCAAUGGAAACCCAGUCUUAGUUAGUAAAGGAAUACUCUCUCUCUUUAUUUAAGUGCUCUUGUCGGUGGAGUAAUCGCCUUCAAUACUCCAUAGAUCGGAAACUAGGAACGGAAUACUAAAUCUUUAUAAGUAUUUUCAGAUGAAUAAAACCUAGUGCGACAGUGUUGCGUUAUUAUAAGCAUAAAAACUUAUUGAAAGAACCUUUCGUGGUGCAAAAUACUUAGAAAUAUGAAUUGAAAUAAGUAUUUAGACAAAAUAUGAAGAAACUAUUUUACAUCGUCGCCUUGGGUAGUUUUAGUAACUGACGGUGUGUUCACGGAUAUGCCAAUAAUAAAGGCGGAGUUAAGGCGCCAACCUUCAGAAGGAAAAGAUGCCUACGAAUUUAGUGUAGAAAUAGAAACGGAUUUGAUGAAAGGAGAUGCAAAAAAAGAAAUUCCAUCAGCAAGAAACAAAGGAGACGAGACAGAAACAGACGCUGUAAAGACACAAAUCGAAGACCACGUGAAAAAUAAAACAUACAUAAAAAUAGGCAAAUCGAAAAUCGUUGUAACAGACACUACAGACGAAGAAAAGCACAAAAAAACGAAACGUAAAAAGGUUAUCGUUACAAAAAAAUCAAAAAAGACAAAAUCUAAAAGCAGCGAAAGGGAUACCAAUGAUAAAAAACGUAGAUUCAAAGUUGUAAAACCACCAGAUGAAACUACAAAUGAGGUUGAACAGGAACUGUUUGUAAUCAAAAAUAGUGAAGACCUACCCGUCACACACUUGGAUAAAUGGAUCAACGAAGAUUUACCACAAGACAGCGAAUCACAGUCGGUUACAGAAAGCGUUGAAGUAAAAAAGAAACCUGUCAAAAAUAAGUCGAAAUUGAAGAAACGCAAACAAAAACCGUUUAAGUUGUACAAAAUCAAAAUGGCCGAGGAUCCGAACAAGCCUGAAGUCCAAAGACCGUUUCGAGGAUAUCGUUCAACGAAGCAAGGUUUCCUACAAGAAGACUUAAUAAAUGAGACUUCAAGGGUCCUGAAUGUAGUCUAUGAUGCAAAUGGAGAGCCCAUGAAUCAUGUUGUAAUAGAAUCAUAUAGCUACAUACCGACGAAACGAAAGCCCUUGUUAAAUCUUAGGGCUUUAAACACUGGAGAAAUUGCGAGCACUACCCCAAAUUUCCUACAAUUAAUCCGUUCAAACGCGCCUGAAACUGUCCAAACGCAGAAUCCAGGCGGAAUCAACAAUCCCUCUUUAAUACGAUAUGAAUGUCAAUCCACGACGUCUUGUAAAACCGCUCAGCCUGUAGUAUUAACAUCUUUAACAACAGCUAGUAAUUUCAAUUUAAAUUCAACAACCAUUUCAACUGUCAAUGAACCCACGCAGGAAGUGAAAGUAAAUUUACAAAAUGUGCUUAACAGAAUGGCGGAAUCGCAAAUGUUAGAGAAUAUUACCAAUAUACUCCUAGAGAAACUGUACGACAAAAUGUCUACUAAAACCUUGGAUUCGGAUAAAGAUGAAAAUUCAGUGGAGAAAAUUGAAAUUCUUCUGGAUCAAACCGAUCCUGACAAUAAUGAAGGAGUUGUUAAUGAUCCCAAUAUGAUGAGGAUGUUAAGCAGAUUUAAAAGCUUUAACCGUAAUAAAGGGUUAUUUUUGUCAUAGUUUACAUUCGAUUUAUUUAUUACCAUCUUUUUGGACUUCGGUUGUCGCGGCAAAAUCUCCGUGGUCCACUGGUUGGUUGGGCCUACGAUCCGUAGCUUCUAGGGUUCAAUGACGUAAAACACCUCCACUAAACUGCAAUACGAUAAUUAUUCUGUUCUCU